AUGGCGGCUGCGGUGGUGGCGGCCCCCGAAGUUCUUCGGGAAUGCGGCUGUAAGGGUAUCCGGACCUGUCUAAUCUGCGAGCGGCAGCGGGGAGGGGACCCACCCUGGCAGCACUCCCCACAGAAAACACAUCGUUUCGUUUACUAUUCGGACACUGGCUGGGCUGUGGGGGCUGAGGAGUCUGACUUUGAAGGCUGGGCCUUCCCCUUCCCUGGCGUGACACUGAUAGAGGACUUCGUGACCCGAGAAGAAGAAGCUGAGAUGGUGCAGCUGAUGGACCGUGAGCCUUGGAAACUCUCACAGUCCGGACGGAGGAAGCAGGACUAUGGUCCCAAAGUCAACUUUCGGAAACAAAAGCUCAAGACCGCUGGCUUCCAAGGCCUCCCCAGCUUCAGCCGGGAGAUAGUGCGGAGAAUGGGCCUCUACCCCAUCCUGGAGGACUUCCAGCCCGUGGAGCAGUGUAACCUGGACUACUGCCCAGAACGGGGCUCAGCCAUUGAUCCCCAUUUGGAUGACACCUGGCUGUGGGGGGAGCGGCUAGUGAGCCUCAACCUCCUGUCCCCCACCGUGCUGUCCAUGUCCCGGGAGGCGCCCGGCAGCCUACUGCUCUGCCUGGCCCCCUCCGGCUUCCCGGAAGCUUUGGAAGGUGUGAUGGCCCCUAGCAGGUCCGUCCUGUGCCAGGAGGUGGAGGUGGCCGUCCCCUUGCCCCGCCGCUCUCUGCUUGUGCUCACCGGAGCCGCACGGCAGCAGUGGAAGCAUGCCAUCCACCGCAGACACGUCGAGGCCCGCCGCGUGUGUGCCACCUUCAGGGAGCUGUCAGCCGAAUUCCGUCCUGGUGGGAGGCAGCAAGAACUUGGGCGGGAGCUUCUGCGAAUCUCUCUCUCCUUUCAGGGGAGACCCAUGUGA